AUGGUUCCCUCAAUUCAGCCUGGGCGACGCAAAAUCGACCCCUCAUGCCGCCCUCAGUACCAGAAGCUCAUGGACGGCGACUCGAUCUACACCUGCUCAAAGUUUACUUCGGAACGUGAACCGCGGCUUGGGGAUUCAAUCUUUCGACCGAGCAAGAAGUUUAAAAAGUCCUUGAUGGUCGAACAUGGCCCUUGGUUUUUGGACUUGGAACCAGUUUUAGAACGUCGAGAUCAAGGUCGACAUCGGUUGUGGAAACGACAAAAGAACAAGAGGUUGAAAAGAAUUUCAUCAGCCGCUCGACCAAAUCCACAACAGGCAGCAUACCUACCACAGGCCGACCCCCAACAUGCCAUAUCCCAACACGCCAACCUCCAACAGGCCGACCUCCAUCAGGCUGAUGAUGAAGAUGCAGAUAGGACCAUUACAUUGGCGGCUUUCGGUACACAAGGAACUUGCAGUCUUCCGAUCGACAACACCGUGGAAUUUCCCCCGAGAGCUGUAACACCGGUUGCCCCUGAACAGGACCUUCUACGAUCGAUCCAUCACGAAGCAGCCACGUUUUAUAGCUCCCACAAUGUCUUAUCGAUCCCUACUCCCCAUCGUGGCCCUAGGCCAAAGAAUUGGGAGGAACCUAUCGCUAUGGCGCGAGCUCUUGAUGGAUCUGCUCUGGUGGCUAUUGGUGUUCUACUGGAAGAAAUUGCAAAAGACCAGGUAGAAAGUGCCCUUUGA